AAUAUGGCGGCGGCAAAUUCAACUGAAAGUAAAAACAUUGUCUUUGUAUCAUUAUCUUAACCUGUAAACUAUUCACUAGGAAUCCUACAUUGAUCAUCAGACUGUUUAAAGUCAUAACAAGAAAGAUGAAGUAAGAAUAAAGGUAUCUUUUUAAGGAUGUCAGAAUCUUCAGUGAAAUGUAAAAUACUUUUUCUGGUUGAUGGCAAUCAAGGCGUUUGUGGACAAGACGUGAAAAAUGAAGCGAAAGUUUUGGCUAACAGAGUAACUCUUUCAGCCUUUCGAAUCCUGACCGCUUUAAACGACAGAGUCACAAGUAAAUCGAAUUUAAAAAGAGGUAACAAAACCCCACACUUGAAAUGGAGUUACAAGAUUUACAAUUCCUCACAAUACAGAUUGAAGAGACUUGUGAACCUUUUCAAAGAAUUCAAAACCAGGUACUUUGAAGAAUUUGAAAAUGAAGUUGAGAGAAAUAUCGAGACGUCAAUACAGGAUAUUCAGACAGAUAUUGACUCUGAAGGUCAUAAACAUGGAAAACAGUACCCAGCGAAUAUACUGAAUAAGGUUCUUAAUGAAAUUGUUCUGGAUUAUCAGUGGGAAGAUCCUGAUAUCUUCUCACCAGUAAAAAGUCGAAGAAAGAGUGCUAAAAAUGAAAAUCACAACAAAACAGAAAAUUUUGUGUUUUUAUUUGCGAACAGUCCAAAAAAUCCUAUAGGAUUAAGACAGUUUUCAGGAAAAGUUGUACUUGAUGAUGAAAUCUUUCUGGAUUCUUUCAUGCCUCCAGACUUAAUAAGCACAUUUUCUCAUAAAAUCAGGCUCUCACUGAACUGGAUAGACACUGAUGUUUUCUUUUUUGAUGUAAACCCAGAGAGUGUCCAAUUUGUGGAAACUGCCAUCCAUAAACUCCAUGGAAGCCUUAUACCAGUGGAAUCAUUGGUUCAGUCGAAUAGACAGUGCAUUGGAAAUAUUUUCUCAAGUCUAACUCCAGUUGAAGGUGUUCCACACACCCAGAAAGAUCCAUCGGCUGUCAUGGGACUGGUUUCCUACACCUCUGUGAUAGAAUAUCAUCUACAACAACAUCAGUACAAGUUACGAGCUGAGGCUGUCAAAUCCUCCACAAUCAAGUGUACUCUCACAUCAAGUGAAGACUCGCUGAUGUGCCAAUUCACAAUUUCUCCUACACAAGCUACAACACUGAAUGCAAGUACAAGGUCGCCUCAACGACACAAAAGUUGUCCAAAGGACAAUUUAACUGCUCAGGAAAAACAUUCUUUGUUACCUCUAAAUGAUAACAGCAUAACUCUAAGGAUGUAUGCAGUUCUUCCUUUAAGAGAUACUGAAUUUGUAAUGCACAAAUAUGGAGAGGAUUUCAUCUGUUCUGGGGAUGAUACAGAAAUGGAAGGCAUCUGUCUGCUGCAAUUUGAAGACUUGAUAAGGAAGCUAAUAGCAUCAGCUCAAGCUUUGAUUUUAGUGACAAAGAGCACCCCUGUCUUGUUUGUCAUGCGACCUUUGACCCCCACAUCAGCUACACUGAGUUCACUUUGCCUUAGCGGAUCCCUGGAUGUGGAGAAAAAACUUUUGUGCUCACAAUCCUCACCUAAAAAGGAAGCUAAAGUUAUGAAGGAUAAAUCAUGGGAUCAAUUGAUAUCUAGAGCAGUUCAACAUAGCAACAAAUGUGCAGACACAUCCAUUGAUCAGAAAAACAAACAGUGCUUUGAUCCCAAUGUGCUGGGGAGGACACAUUUACCUGGAUGUAGAUCAGGUCUGGUGUCUCUAAUUGAGAAACUCAACGACAGAAUAUCUCAACUGGAAUUUCUGAAUGAAAAAGAAGUUGAAACUUUAAAAGAACUACAGCAAGUUUACCGACAAGAGAAUAAGCCCAUCAGACCAAGAGAGACUUUACAGCCCCAGACGCAAGAAUUUGGAGAAGAGACUCCCUCUCAGCCGGAAUCAGACAGUACAGAUACACUGCCAUCUCGUGGUGUUCUAAUGGUGAACAAGAGCAGGCGAUCAUCUGUGUUCAAGGAGGACAACUCUGCAGUAACGAAAAAUCAAGAGACAGUCAAAAAUAAUACCAGUGCAGAUAUGACCAGCUUUCAGACUGAGUUUGCAUCAGAAGAAGAACUUGUAGACUACUUGAUCAAAUCUUACAAUGAGAGGGUAGUGGAAGGAUGUGAAAAUUUUUACUUGGCAGCACAGAGUUUAGUGAUGGUGCCAUUGCAUUACUUAAAAGAUAAGAAUGUGGAAAAUCCCCAGGAAAAGUGUAUUGAGCUUUUGGAGAGAGGAGUAGUUAUUCCUAUUGGAUCCCUGAAAGAGAGACAUCAGAAAGAGGAAAGCAAAAGUCGGACACGAACAGAACUACAGCUACAGACAGUGCUGAGGUUUGAGAUUCUCUCGGUUCUACAACAGGGCGACCAGUCCAUGACAGAGGAAGAUAACAGACUGAACGAGAUUGUGACUCUUUUGAGGACACUCAGCUUUAACACAGAUCCUAAGUCCCUGUCUGACUUUAUGAACAACAGUCUUGUUGAAAAUUACAUCCACACACUGCCACAAACUCUGGGUAAUGUUUACGAUGAACUGAUGCAGCCACUUCCUGUUGCCCUGGAAGCCAUUCUGUCUCCUGACAACAGUGCUGACCAAUCAGUGUUCAGCAAAUCAGCCCUGGAGGCGGAGCAGCUUGACAAAAGUGCAGCCCCAUCGUCCUCACAGCCUCCGUCUAUCUCAGAGGAGUUACCCAAGUCUAAUGAUGUGCCAGUUAGUAAAACAAGGACCAGAAAAAUCAUGCACUACCCUAGUUUGUCUGAUAUUGGAUCGAAACGUCAGAUAUUUGUCAACACCUCUACAUCAAAUGUUAAGGAGCCUUCUUCUUCACGGAAGAGGAGAAAAUCAAAAAGAGAUUUAACAAAGCAGUUUAAGAGCAAGAUAAAGCUAGAGAGAAGACAGUCAGUGGCAGUGAUGGAGACCAUCAAGUCACCCAAAGGAAGGAAACUGGCAUCCUCAAAACUCAAGUCAUCUAAAUACCUAUUGUCUCCACCAUUCAAGUCUCCAGUCAGAAAACCUCUGGUUUCUGAGACCCCGUCACACAAACAGAAGAAUUCAGCUAUGUGGAAACGACUGGAGGCAGAAAGAAGGAGAUCCCUGAGCAAUACUGCAGUAAAGGUGGUAAAGGAAUCGCCCCUCAAAUCAGAGAGACCAUCAAUACUCAGCCCAUCCCAGAAUAAACGUGCUCUGCAUAAGGUCAGACGUUCAUUUUAUUCAGCCUCAGCAGGUCCUCUGAUAAGGUCUAGGUCGAUGACCCAAGCAAACAUUGAAUUGGGAGAUAGAAUUGCAGGCAGGAGUCAACACUCUUCAGGAACACUCAACAGUAUUCUCAAAAAACCUCCAAGUCAGUCAGCUUUAUUCAAGUCACCAGACAAAAAUUCUUCAUUCUUGCUAUCACAGUUGAUGGGAAGUCCAACUCCACAAAAGAAAACAUCCAAGACACCAGGAAAAGGAACUCCAAAGAAAGUCAUUGCUGAGUCCCCUAGUAUGUUCACAAGGUCCAGGUCUCCAUGUGUAUCCAAAGGUUUUCCUAAAGCUUUGUUUCAGGAGAGUCCUAAUUGUAGAAGGAGUCAACCAAAAGUUGUUCGACACUCACCAAGACUAGAAAAGUCAGAAGAAAAAGACAAAAAUAUAAAAUUUACCAACACACCCAGAAAAUCUCCUGAUAUGCUAGUAGCUGAGUCUCCCAGUAAUAACACUAGAUCCAAGACUAUGAUGACCCCAACAAGAAAAUCUGUCCGUGCUCUUUUAUUUGGAAAAAGUCCUGAGGGCAAGCCCAUGGAAGACAAUAAAAACAGAAAAACUCCAUCAAAAUCAACCCCAAAAGCUCGAAGAUUAAUACUGAGUAAAACACCAGUGAAAGGUCAAAGAACUACCACUAUUGACAAAGACAAUGGCAACACUGAAAAUCUGACACCAAAUAAUUUAGAUGAAAAACACACAGAUGAAUCAUCAAGUUCAACAUCAAUAAGUGAUGGAAACAAAGACGUAAAGAAAUCACCAGAAAAGAAUAAAACUCCUUCCCCUAAAAUCCAAAGGAAAAUUCGGACACCAAGUUCUCUUAACCACUGGCAAAGAAGGAAAAGAGGCAGAGAUGAAAGCAUGUUAUCUCCCAAACAAUUGGCAAGGAAGUUUGGUACUGAUAGUACUCAAAGCAGCCAGGAAAGCAAGGCAGCUGAAGAGGACAAUGAAACCAUCUUCUCUUCCCUGUCACAGGAAGACAGACAAAUAAACAGCAGAAAGAGAGGCCUGGAGUGUACAGAGGACCUGUCAACCAUAUUCUCACCAAGCAAAAGGAAGAGAACAUUGUUAACAAACGUUGAUCAGAGUACUUUAAGAACAUCAUAUACCCUUCAUCACAAAAUAAUUGAAAAGAAUACUUCAUUGCUUUCUUUUGCUAGUGGAAACAGUGAGGGAUUUGACACAACAGGCUUGACAGAUUCCCAGUCUAGCAGUCUGGGUUUCCAUUCUCACUUAAGUAGAUUGUCUCAAGCUAGUACCUCUUCCAUGGAGUUUUCCAAUACAAAUGAUGAAGUUUUCUUGUCACAGAGUCAAAAUGGGGAAAAGAUGGACACAAAUAUCACAGAACAGAACACACACACUGACAUUGGUUGUAAUUCUCCAGUAUUUGGAUCCGGGAAAAAAACUAGAAAAAUACAUUUGUCAGGUUCAAAUAAUGGAGGAAAUUCCGGACAAAAGGUGUCUCCUUCUGGUAGGAAAUACUCUCCUAAUGUCUCGGCCAAAAGUCUGAUGCAUCUAAUGAAUUCUCCUCUUGUCAGCUCUGAUAUAGUGGAGAAAAGUCCAAACGUUAGUAGGAAUGUCGCCAUUGUGAAGCAUCAAAGACCCCGAUCAAGACGCUCCUUAAAUCUUCAGCAGUGAUUUCAGUAUAAUUCAUCUAGUCAUCCUAGAUGACACUGUGUCUCAAAAAAUAAGUGCUGGAACAAUA